AAAAAGGAAGGGCAAUAUUGGGUUUAACUGAAAAUUUGAUAUUAAGAAAAGCCUGAAACAAGGCGCAACACGCAGCUCCAGAGAGUCGGUGGUGGUGGAGAGAUCCGGCGUCGUCGGAUCCGAAGAAGAAGAUGAAGGUUUCAAGCGGUGUGGUCGCUUCUGUCAUUGCCGUCUCCACCGCUGCUCUCUCUUCUUCCUCCAUUCUUCCUCCAGUCUCCCCAAAGGUUUGGGAAUCGAGGAAAACGAAUGGGUCGGACAAUUUCGAGCCGAGGUUUGAUGGGUUAAGGUUCAUAGAGACGCUGGUCACAGCACACAGAUGAUAAGAUUACAAAUACCAUUCUUCUUCUUCUUCUCUUGGGUGAUGCAAAAGCUUUGUUUUUUCCAUUCAAAGCGUGAGUGCGUCACUUAGGUCUUUAAUCUUAUCAUUCUCAUCUUCUCUUUUGUUGUCUUCUAUUAUCUCUGUAAUGAGAAUUUAUUAACAUUCUUUUGCUUUCAAGGGAUAUGCUAAAUUGAACUCUUUCUUGUUGUGAGCUAAACUUUAUUCAUAUGUUGGUGUGCUUUUACUUUAUAUGAGA